AUGGCAGAAAAGCUGGACAAGGUCCUGGCGCCCGCCAUGCCUGUGCCGGCAUUCGGCGACAUCAGCAAGGCUGCCAACGAUCUGAUAGCGCUUGAAGAAGGAGAGAGGCUGACGAGACCGCAAACAGCUGAGCUCAACGUCAAGCUCCGGACACCCAGCGAUGUGGCCAUCAACGUCAAGGGCAAGCAGGACAUGAACGACGUGACCAGCGGCAAUCUCGAGGCCAAGUACACGGACAAGCCACGCGGUACGCAAGCCGUCUCUUCUUCUGACCCUCCACCCCAACAAAACCGCUUCCUCCGCUCGCUCGUCUUGCAACACCCCAUUCUCAAGCUCCCACCGCCUCUGCGCACACAGCUCUAUUUCUUUGCCCUCCUAUCUCCUGAGCAGCCUUUAUCCUGGCAAAGGUUUGGGCUGACCCUCCGCCAUCCGCCUGCAGGCACCACACUCACCCAGAACUUCACCACCGGCUCUCUCCUCGAUACCAAAGCCGAAAUUGUCGACGCCCUGGCCCCCGGCACCAAGCUUGAGUUGCAGAACAUCGCCAGCGCGUCCGGCGCCGCGCCCAUGUCGCAGAAGAUCAACUUCGCCUUCAAGAACCCCAACGUCCACACCCGCGCCUUCAUUACCCACAGCAUGAAGGACAACAACAUCAACGCCGUCAUCGAUGCUGUCGCCGCUCACGAAGGCUUCGUCGUUGGUGGUGAGGCUGGCUACAACCUGCAAAAGGCCGCCAUCACCGGCUACUCGCUCGCAGUCGGCUACCAGACGCCCAAGUACACCGCCGCCAUUACCGGCACGCAGAACCUGUCGAUCAUCGCGGCGACUUUGUACCAGAAGGUCAACAGCUCCGUGGAGGUGGGUAUCAAGACGGGCUUCGACGUCCAGGCUUCCAAGGCCAGUGGGCUGGAGAUCGCGUCCAAGUACAAGCUCGACCCGCUCAGCUUCGCCAAGGGCAAGGUCAACGACCGUGGUAUUGCGGCGCUCGCGUACAGCACCAAGCUCAACGCCGGCACGACGCUGGGUAUUGGCAUGUCGCUGGACACCGCGAAGCUGAACGAGGCGGGCCACAAGAUCGGCACCAGCCUGACGUUUGAGGGUUGA